AUGGGCGAUGUCACGGUUUUCCGCGACUCACGGCUUGUCCCAGAUGUAGAUGCAAUCAGAGCAUGUUAUCUCAAAAAACACCCUGAUGCACGUUGGUGGCUUCCUGACGACGACAAAGGCGCUCACAUUUCAUAUUGGGCUCGAUUUGACCCCCAUGAUGUCUAUUUCGUUGGAGGCUUUGGAGGCGAGCAUUACAUUGGUCAGAUUCCUUUACAUUUGUAUCAGGGUUCACCUCCCAUUCUUGAAUCGGAACAUGGAGUGGCAGGAAGAAUAUUGAUUGAACAGCUCUGA